CAGAGGGAGUGAGUGAGAUAGCAUAGAUGACUAGAAAAGGAACAGUACUACUGUUGAGGAAGAACAAGGGGAGCCUGUUUUGUUCCAUUAGCUUCUUCUCUUGUUCUCCUGCUAGUCUAGUCCUCUCCAGCUACUGGGAACAAGUACAAGAACUGUUCUAGCUAUGAUGGACAGUGGCUCUUUGGCUGACAUUGAUGAUGAGUAUGAAAAGUUGGUGAUUCAGCUGAACCCUCCAAGGGUCACGGUGGACAAUACCUCUAGCAGGAAGGCCACCUUGGUGCAGGUGGCCAGUGCUAAUAGGCACGGGAGCUUGUUAGAUGUGGUGCAGGUCUUGACUGAUCUCAACCUAAGCAUCAGCAGGGCUUACAUCUCUUCCGAUGGAGAGUGGUUUAUGGAUGUGUUCCAUGUUGUUGACCAGUGUGGGAAUAAAAUCUAUGAUAAUGAAGUCAUUGACCGUAUUCAACAGUCACUAUCAACAAGGGCACUAAGCUCCUGGUCGUUGAGAAGAUCUGUAGGCAUACAAGCCUCUUCAGAGCACACUUCGAUCGAACUAAUAGGCAGAGAUCGGCCCGGGCUUUUAUCUGAGAUAUUUGCAGUUCUUGUGGACCUCAAGUGCAAUGUCGUGGCAGCCGAAGUCUGGACACACAAUUCACGCAUGGCGUCGGUUGUUUACAUCACAGAUGAAGUGAAUGGAGGACCAAUCGAUGACAGCGAUAGGCUUGCUAAGGUCAAACGCCUCCUGCGCUACGUACUCAAAGGCGACAGAGACAAGAGUGCAAAGACUGCAAUAUCCGUGGGGGUUACUCAUACUCAGAGGAGAUUGCAUCAGAUGUUGUAUGCUGAUAGGGAUUAUGACAAGGAUGACACGGAUGGUGAAGACGCCACAAGUGAUAGGAGCAAGCCAGUAGUGACCGUAGAGAAUUGUACCGAGAAAGGGUAUUCAAUGGUGAACUUGAGAUGUAAAGAUCGACCAAAGCUACUCUUUGACACUGUCUGCACUCUCACAGAUAUGCAGUAUGUGGUGUUUCAUGCAACUGUCAUUGCUGAAGGGCCUGAAGCAUAUCAGGAGUAUUACAUUCGGCAUGUCGAUGGAAGCCCCAUCAGUUCAGAAGGAGAAAGGCAAAGACUAAUUCUGUGCUUGGAGGCUGCAAUCCGAAGAGGAAAUACAGAGGGUGUAAAACUUGAACUAUGCUGUGAAGAUAGGGUUGGCCUUCUAUCCGAUGUCACUCGCAUAUUUAGGGAGAACGGGCUCUCGGUCAGCCGAGCUGAGGUCACUACAAGGGGAUCUCAAGCUAUCAAUGUGUUCUAUGUCACAGAUUCAUCAGGAAAUCCUGUUUGCAGCCAAAUGAUUGAGGCAGUGAGGAACGAAAUCGGGCAGACGAUUCUGCAGGUGAAGGAUGAGGCAAAUCCAAAUGCUUCAACAGAAAACACUGGGAAAUUCUCAUUUGGUAGCCUCUUCAGGUCCAGAUCAGAGAAGAUACUACACAACUUAGGGUUGAUCAGAUCAAGCUCAAGAGACUCAUUUCCUCUUAACUAAUCUCGGUCUAUGUAGCAUCUACUUGUCUCACAAUCUGUCAUCUAACUCCAUGCACGCCAUGACUUUGGCCUUGAGUGGGUGCUACUGGCCUGUGGAAGAUAACAUGUAUGAGAAGCUGUUGUCUGCUGUAAAUGGAAUCUAGUCCAUUGACAAAGUUUAUCUUCUUCCACUUUCUCCUCUUCGAUCCUCCGAAGCAGGUCCAGUUUAUGUAGUUAUUGUAUCUGGAAAUGUUUGUGCCGAGUUAGUAUA